GCCAUAUCAGAGUAUCAGAGAUUCGAUUAUCGGGUUCAUAUUAUCACAACUGGGCAAAGAUAUCCUAUCGUCCAUCAUUGAGCAUCUGAGGGAGAGUCGGGACCAAGAGCUGGGUCGACGUCUAGCAGCAGGCUUGGCAGCUGGUCCAGAAUGGAUCAUGCUUUUGUACGCUCAAACAACUUUGAAAGACCUGGUAAGUCCACAGGAUUCUGCUGUUGCGGACACUCUUGGUAAUUUCGGAUCCGUUGCUGUGGCUGCCCUUUUCUCAGAAUGCGAUAUUCUUCUUGAAAAUCGCGAACAUCUUGAGCGUGAAGUACUAUGGUAUCUUUACUAUCAAUUUGCUAGAGGUAGUUCGUUCUACGUUUGCUUGGAUCUUGGUCAUACCAAUAGGGUUCUGCUAUCGGCGGUGCUGAACGACGUACCAGAAGGCAUGAUCUCAGCAAUUCCAACAAAUCUUGCGAGCCCAUUCUUCUCCGAAACUCGCCGGCUCUGGAUACUUGAGCCUGAGGACCUUAGAGAUUUCGAUCUGACCGACGUAGCCGCCUAUCGUAUAUAUGGAAAGGCAAACUUUCUAAGCCACUCUCCUAUCAGUGAUGACUCGGGAUACGCAACUCUUGCAAAGCACGCCUUUAUCAUUGGAGAGCAGCUGACCUGAUGGGUAAGUCAGUGGCACACUCCUUGGAUUUCAAAAUGCAGGUUUAAGUGCUGAUGGUUAUAUUGGAGGCGAAGUCUUAGUCAAGGGAAUCUGUA